AUGCUCUACUUGUUUGAUCAGACCACUGGUGAUGCUCAGAAGCACCUUCAGCCCCGCUACGACCAGGACUCUCAAACACGCUUCGUCUCAGCACAAGAGAUGCUCGACCACUUGGCUGCUAUUUACGUUAACCCUAACCAAGUACGGGAUGCACGCUAUGAGUACAACCGACUCCUGAUGAUGAUCGGACAGCCUUUUGCCGAAUUUCAGACGCAAUUCCUGCACUUGGCAGGCCAGGCACAGACUCCAGCCGAAGAUCUCAGACUCGACUUAUACGACAAGCUGACUACCCAACUCCAGCGAGGAAUAGCGCCAAACCUACGCUCCCUAGACACUUACGCCGAGCUUGCGGCCUCCUGCCAAUCAUUGGACACAGAGCUUAAACGGAUCACGGCCAGAGAGAGUCAGCAGCGACGACAGCGCUCCACGGUGAUAUCACCUCCUGCGAUUCCUCCUGCUUCCACGACCACACGUCUAACUAGCACAAUCCCCACGGGCCUGCGUCUAGACUCUACCACUAUGAAAGCUUCUAAGUCGCCAAAUGACCUAUAUGCGAGCUAAUCUCGUCAGGGAACGCCCUCAGACCCUGCUGAAAUCACAUACUAUAAUUGUCACAAGCGUGGACAUAUAGCCCUUGCUUGCCCAGAGCCUCGUAGAGGAGAUGUCAAAGAGAUUGACAAACAAUUGUACGAAGAUGGC